CGGCGGCGGCGGGCAGGAGGAUGCCGCGGGCGGCGGCGGCGCGGCUGCUGUUCCUGGCCUGGGCCGCGCUGCUCUUCGCCUCGGCGCUCGCGCUCUUCGCCAGCGGCUUCCUGCUGAUGCGCGUGGAGCUGGGCCAGCGCAGCGCCUGCGCGCACCCGCCGGGGCCGCCCGCGCCGGGCUCGUGCUGGCUGCCCGCGCGCUUCCGGCGGGCCGUGCUGGUGCUGAUCGACGCGCUGCGCUUCGACUUCGCCUGGCCGCGGCCCCGGCCCUCCGCGCGCGCGCCGCCGCGGCCCUACGAGGACCGGCUGGCCGCCCCGCAGCGCCUGGCGCGCCAGCGGCCCCGCCACGGCCGCCUGUACCGCUUCCGCGCCGACCCGCCCACCACCACCAUGCAGCGCCUCAAGGGCCUGACCACCGGCUCGCUGCCCACCUUCGUGGACGCGGGCAGCAACUUCGCCUCCUACGCCAUCCGCGAGGACAACCUGGUCUGGCAGCUGGCGCAGAACGGGAAAAAAGUGGUCUUCAUGGGGGAUGAUACUUGGGACGGCCUCUUUCCCCAGGCUUUCUACCGUGCUUACUUUUUCCCUUCUUUCAACGUGAAAGAUCUUCACACCGUGGACGAUGGGAUCUUGCAGAAUUUGUACCAGACAGUGGAUGGCGGCGAAUGGGAUCUACUGAUUGCCCACUUCUUGGGGGUGGAUCACUGUGGCCAUAAACAUGGACCAAAUCACCCUGAAAUGGCCAAGAAGCUCUCCCAGAUGGAUGAAAUGCUCUGGUCGCUGGUUGACCGCCUGGAAAAUGACACGCUCCUCCUGGUGGCAGGGGACCAUGGCAUGACCGAGACUGGGGACCACGGCGGAGAGAGCGAAGAGGAGCUUGAUGCGGCCCUCUUCGUGUACAGCAAGGCUCCCCUCUUCCAGGACCUCCCCCCCGAGGAGCCAGAGACGGUCCCACAGGUGAAUCUGGUCCCCACGCUGGCUCUCUUGCUGGGGGUGCCAGUGCCGUACAGCAACAUUGGGGAAGUGAUGGCUGACCUCUUUGCAAGUGAGGGGGGCGCUGCCUCCUCGCUCCAUGCCCAGCUGGCAGCAUACAACAUCAAUGCCAGGCAGGUCGACCGCUUUCUGGGCUCCUAUGCGCAGGCCGCUCAGGACCUUCCUGCGGAGAAGCUGCAGCGCCUGCGGCAUUUGUUUCACUCUGCUGUGGAGGAGCACGAGCGUCUCUCGGCCCAGGCAGCCCCUCUGGUUCUGCCACAGAUGGAGCUGCUCCGGAGCCAGUUCCAGCAGUACCUGCGGGAGGCUCGGGCCGCGUGUGCCGAGUCCUGGGCCCGCUUCCACCCAGGCUGCAUGCUAGCCGGCUGCGCCCUCUUGACCUCUUCCUGCCUGCUGUGCCAUGUCGCCUCCCAGGUGGCCUCUCGCCUGGGCUUCUCCUGCCGCCAUUUCUUCCUUUACCCGUUGCUCUGGGGGGUGGUGGGGGUGGCCCUGCUAGGCCUGGCCCGCUUCGGCAGCGGGGCCCAGGCUGACCUCAUCUCGCUGUCUGCCUGGGGGGCAGCUGCCUCCCAGCUGGGGUUCUUCUGGCAUUGCUGGACUGGGCGCCCCCCAGCCUCACCCACUGCCGGCCUCUGCCCCCCGUUCAAAGGUCUCGGCCUGAAGCUGGGGCUCCAGGCAGGGCUGGAGGCGGGGCUGCCCUUGGGCAUUCUGUUGCUGCGCUGCAGUGCCAUGCUUUCGGACAGCUUUGUCGUGGCGGAGGGACAGGUGCUGCCGUUCCUGCUCACCUCCCUGGUGCUGCUGGAGGCACUGAAGCUGCAGUGGAAGGGCAGGCUGGAUGGCUCCCUGCUUUGCUGGCGGCUGCUGGUGACCCUGGGUGUCGUCGUGGUGUGCGCACGGCUGUCUGGGCUUUUCCGGAAGUGCCGUGAGGAGACCCCUGCUUGCCAGUCCUCCGCCAUCUUGGACCCCCUCUCCAGCGUGCUGGAUCCAAGGACUAAGAACCUCUAUUACGGCCUUUGUCUGGCGGCGGUGGCCAGCGUGGCAUGGGGCACUCGCUGCUGGCUGCGCCAUUAUGGCAACCUGAACGGCCCCUGCGCCCUGGUCCUCUUCGUGCGGUGGGGGUUUCCACUGCUGGCCCUCGGCCUCGCUGGCUACUGGGCCGUCACGUCUGGUGCGGAGGAGGCACUGAUCAAGCUUCACGCCUGGGUCCAGCUGGCGCUGGAGGCCUUCCCCCGAGGGAUUUUCAGCCUGGUGAUGGCAGGGCUCCUGCUGGUGGUCUGGAAACCCAUGACCGUGUUUGUGGAGUGCAGCCAAGCGCCCCCACUCGUGUCGCCUGGCUCCGAGGCCUUGAUCCCCCAGCUGUACCGCCGGAUGCAGGAGUCUCUGAAGAGCCGGCAGGGGGACAUGGAAGGUGGUGGCGGGGGCCCCGUGGCAGCCUAUGGGCUGGGCAGUGUGUAUUCGGCCGCCUUGCUCAUCUCUCUGGCCCUGCUGGGCUUCCUGCUGAUGACUCUGCACACUGAGCGCCUCAGCCUGGCCUUCCUGCUGCUGUUCGUGGAGGCUUUCGCCCUGCUGUGGAUGCACGCCUGUGCCAGGGCCCUCUCUGCGCCUGCACACACAGGCUGCUCCUCUCCCCCCUCCUCCUCAGAUCCCUUUGUGGUGCCGUGGGAGGCCCUGGUAGCCUGGGCUCUUGCCGCUGGGCAGUUUUUCUACGCCACUGGCCACCAGCCAGUGUUCCCAGCCAUCCACUGGAACGCAGCCUUCGUGGGGUUUCAGCAGGGGCAUGCCACCAAUCUUCUGCCUGCGCUCCUUGUUGGUGCCAACACCUUUGCUUCUCAAAUCCUCCUGGCAGCUGGCUGCCCGUUACUUCUGCUGUGGCCCUUUGUCUGUGAAGCAAGCACCUCCGGGGGCAGGAGGCCGAUAACACGAGUCCAGGACAGGGAGGAACCAAUGAUGGAGAUGAGGCUCCGGGAAGCACCCGAGCGAUUUUCGGCAGCGCUGCUGCAGCUGGGCCUGAGGUACCUGCUGAUUUUGGGGUUGCAGCUUCUGUCUUCUGUCUUGGCAGCAGUGAUUCUCAGGAGACAUCUGAUGGUGUGGAAAGUGUUUGCCCCAAAGUUCCUUUUUGAAGCUGCAGGCUUUGGGGUGAGCUGCAUCUUCCUCCUCCUGGGCGUUGGCCUGGUGAUGCGCGUGGACUGCGCCGUGAGCAAGUGGUUCAAGCAGGUCAUCCUUGCGCAGUCCAGAUAGCGCAGUAGCACGACGGAGCCGGGCAAGGAGGGCUCACACGAUCCAGCGGAGAGUCCUGGGUCUGCCUGAAAGAGAGGCUCUCCGUUUCCACUCUCUGCCGAUGACAGUGACGGGGGGAGCAGCAGGGAGGGGGACCCUCAGUCACAACCUGUAAAGAGCAGGGGGGGCUAUGGAAUGGCCCUUGACGUGCCAAGCAAUGGAGAGGAAUACCUGGGUGAAACAAAAGAGAACUUUAAGCUGGUGCACACUCCUUCGCUGAACUGCAACAUCUUGAGGAUGAUUGGCCUGCCUGCCUUCCUUUCUUCAUAAUUCUGGAGGAGUCAGUAACUGCUUCUGGAGGAGACUGUGCGGCAGACUAGCUUGCAGCAGUUUGCUAGCCCCGGGCUUUUCGUUCCAAUCCAGGAUGUGCAGAGGAAAGUGUUUGGAAGGGAAGUUCCAGCAGGGAUAAGGGCACCCUGCGCUUCAGGCAAGGCGCCUUGCUUGGGCUCAGCGUGGGUCAGGGGCUCUUAGAUGGAAUUCCAGGCUUGAAGUUUGGAUUGCCAGAUAUUUGAAGUUCAUGGCUGCUAUCAACUUGGGGUGCUAAAUUCUGGAUUCCAGGUUCUGGCUUUUUGAAAUAAAAAUAUGGGUUUUCAGACUGGA